UAUACAACAAUAUAUAUAAGAAAAGUAAAGUGACAAAUACUUUCAAUACAGAUCUUUUAAUUCUUUAUUAUCACCAUUUUGUUAUCAAGUUUAAUAUCUAAAAUUUAAAAUUUAUUAGUAGGUUAAUAUUUUUUUUUUAUUCAAUAUGCUACCGAUUUUUUUUGUACAAUUACAACAACAAUAAUAAUAAUUUAAACGAAUUUGUUUUUUUCCAUACAUGUGACGUGUUAAAAAUUUAUAAAAUAAAGUAGUAGUAAAAACCAGAUAAGAAUAAUAUCUAGCCAUGCACAGUAAAAAUUAAUUACUGCUGAUUGAUUGAUUACUAUCAAUUGAUUAAAUUAUUAUUAUUAUUAUUGUUAUUCAUCUAUAUAUCCAAUAAAAAUUCUAAAAUGGGUUCUAUCGCAUUGGAGGAGUAUGAAUUAAUGAAAGAUGCUAAAUACCGAGUUUAUGUGUCAGCGGUAGAUAAAGCAUUGAAAAACUUUGAAUAUACAAGUGAAUGGGCUGAUUUAAUAUCAGCACUGGGAAAACUUAAUAAGGUUUUAUUAAACCAUAUGAAAUUCCCUGUUAUACCUCGACGUAUAAAAAUAUCAAAAAGAUUAGCACAGUGUAUGCAUCCAGCAUUACCAUCUGGAGUACAUUUAAAAGCAUUAGAAACUUAUGACAUAAUUUUCAAAUGUAUGGGAACUAAUCGACUAAGCCAUGAAUUAUUUAUAUACAGUGCAGGGUUAUUUCCUCUUCUUGGUAAUGCUGCUAUGAAUGUGAGACCAACUUUAUUGACUGUUUAUGAAACUCAUUUUGUACCACUUGGUGAACGAUUGAGACCUGGGUUAAGUGGUUUCCUAAGUGGAGUUUUUCCAGGAUUAGAAGAAGGAUCCGAUCAUUUUGACAGGACAAAUUUUUUAUUGGAGAAAGUAUGUGAAGGUGUAGGCUCUGAACAUUUUUAUACAUGUUUAUGGGAUUGUUUAGCCGCAAAUUCAAGUAUCCGAUUACCUGCUAUAUUAUUUGUUUUAUCUCAUUUUAAUAAAAAAUUAACUAUGGCAGAACAACCCCAUGUCAUGGGAACAAAUAUUAAUAUAAUGGUAUCUGCAUUGAUUGCUGGAAUUCAAGAUAAUUCAGUACUUGUUCAACGUAGUAUAUUAGAUCUUUUAUUGAUAGGAUUUCCAUUACAUAGUUGCAACACUAGCAGUAAAAGUAAUUUAACUAAUUUUAAUAAUAAUGAUGAUGAUGAUAACUGUAAGGUUGAUGUUGGUGAAGAAUAUAAUGACAUUGAUAUGUUACUGUUGAAUCACAGUGAUAUGGUAUCAUUACUUACUGCUGCUUUAGCAACUUUGUUAAGAAGAGACAUGAGCUUAAAUAGGCGGUUAUUUUCAUGGUUACUUGGUACUGAAGUUAAAAAUAGUGGAACAACUGAAACAACAACAACAACAAUAACUAGUGAUAAUACAUUUACAUCGACAUCAAUACUAAAAGUAACAGAGGCUAAAGACUCAAUGACAGAAGUUGAUAAAGAUUCAUCAACUUAUUUUGAUAUGUAUUCAAAAAAAUUAUUAAUUGAAGCUCUCAGAUCAAUAAUGAAAAGUGUGUGUGGUGAUAGUGAAGAAAAGUCACGAAUAAUACAAUCGUCAUUAGAUGUAAAACCAUAUAAAAUAUUGGUUUCAUUGUUAGAUAAACCUGAAAUUGGUCCAUUAAUAUUAGAUGAUAUUUUAUAUGAUGUAUUUCGUACAUUUUACAUCGGUAUUAUGCGAAAACAAAAAGUUAUAUCAACAAAUAAUAAAAGUUUAAUUAAAUCACCUUAUUGUCACGAAAUAAUUAAAUCAGCAAAUCUUUUAUUUUCAAGUCAAUUAGAACCAGCUUAUGUGUGGCGUUAUUGUGGACAAUUAAUUGAAAAAGUAUGUAUCGUUAAAGAAAAUGAAUAUCGACAUCAAGAACAGGAAAAAAAUAAUCAUAAAAAAAAAACAUCAGUAAAUAUUUCAAUGUCUUGUUAUCACGUACAACCUGUCGGAAAUGGUAUCCCAAAUUUAAUGGAACUGUGUAUUUUAAUUGAAUUUUUACUUGAAAAUGUUGAUACUACAUUUUUUGGUGAUGUACCUUCAGAUCAUUUACCAGAGCUUUUUCAUGAAAUUAUAAAUCAAUUGUUAGAACGAUUAUAUAUUUUUACAUCGGUUGAAAUAACUAACAGUCUUGUACUAUGUAGUAAAAUUUUAUCAAAAAUUCAACCAAUGAAAAUUUCAGGAGGAGGAGGAGAAGGAGAAGAAAAAAAAGAAAAAGGAAUAAAUCAAGAAAUAACAGUUUUUCAACAAGAAAAACAACAUAAUUCUACAGAUAAUAAUAAUAAAGAAUUAAUGAAUUAUAGAUUAGUAUCAAAAAAUUCAUCACUUGAAAAAAGUUUGUCGGAUAGUAAAUUAAAUCAACCUAUAAAAUUUUUAAAUUUUAAUAAUAUAUUAUCAUCAUCAUCCUCAUCAAAUUCAUCACCAAAAAAAAGAAGAGCUAAUUCUGGUGGAUUAAUUAAAAAGAAUGAUAAAGAAAUUAAAAAAAAAUCUAGUAAAAGUGCAUCCAAAUUAAAUGUUGAAAUUUUAAAUAACCCAGAUUGUGAUAAUAGAGAUGAUAAUCACAGUGGCUAUGAUGAUAAUGAUAAUAAUGAAAAACAUACAAUACAAUUUAAAAGUAUAGAUGACUCAAAUAUAAAUUAUUCAAAAAUUAAUAAUGAUGGUUCAUUAAAUAAUGAUGCAGAUGAUAAUUCAUUUAUUGAAUUAAAUAAUAAAAAAUUAUCAUCAUCAUCAUCAUCGUCAUCAUCAUUAUCAUCAUCAUCAUCAUCAUCAUCAUCAUCAUCAUCAUCAUCGUCAUCGUCAGUAAUAAUUGGAGAAUUAUCAAAAUCACACCAUUACUGUUGUUCAUCAGUAUUGGGCAAGUGUCUUAAUAAAUAUAAAUUAUUUUAUGUUAAAUUAGUUAGUGAACGAAUAUUAUUAUCUCAAUUGAAAAUCGAUAAAACAAUAUCAAAUAUUUUUAAAACUCUUAUAAAAGUAUCAAAUAAAAAAAAUAGUAAAAAAUCUUUAGAAUCAAUACUAAAUUCUAAAAUAUUACAAGAUAAUACUAAUAACAUUAAUCAUAAAUUAAAUUCAGUUUUAUUAAAUAAUGUUAAACAAAUACCAGAAACAAUGACAUCAUAUUUGAAUUUUUUAAAAAAAAUUAAUGACACUAUGAUAACUACGACAGUAGUUGAUUUAAAAUGGGAACAAGUUUUGAAAUUUGCUUCUAAAUUAUUAGUUGAGUUAUCAACUUUUUCAAUAUAUUUUCAAAAUUUUGAUAAUAACAGUAUUACUAUUGACAACAAUGAUAAUGAUGAUAGUAAUGAUGUAAAAUUAAAUGAUACAAAAACAAAAACAAAUUCAAUUAAUUUAUUAGUUUUACCAGAUUGGCUUCAAGUAUUGGUAAUAUGUUGUUGUUUAAGUAAACAACCAUCACUUCAACUUACAAGCAUUGCAACAUUAAUAGAUCUUUUGGCGUUAUCUUACAAUGAUAACUUUUCAUCAUGCAAUCAGAUUAAUAGCAAUAAUAAUAAUAAUAAUAAUAAUAAUAAUAAUAAUAAUAAUUCUAGUACUACUGCUAUCACUAAAGUAAUAAUAGUUCCAUUAUUGAAAAAAUGGCAUAUUACUUAUCUUAUAGAGUAUACAAAUGUUUUUCAAAUAUUAGCAUACUCAUUAUGGCAACAUCUCGAUAAACUUUCACCUCAUAAAUAUCACGUACAAUGUGUUGAAUUAUUAUAUGAAUUACAUUAUUUAUUAUAUCAAUAUCAAUCAUGUGAUAUUGUUGAAGAUGUUAUAGGAUUAACUUUAUCUGCAACAAAUGCUGAUGAAAGUGAUGAUAGUGAUGAUUAUGAUAAUGAUAAUAAUAAUAAACAAGAAAGACAAAAUGAAAUUUACAAUAGAUUUGCCACUCUUUGGCAUCUUGGAAGAGAUAUACGUAUUAAUAAUUCAACAAUUAUGAAGAUAGAAUCUAAUAAAUUAUUAGAAUCAUCAUCAUCAGUAUCGGUACCGUUAUUAUCAUUUAAUAAGUUAUUAUUAAAAAUGCUUGAUAAUCUUCAAUUAAAUGAUAAUUCGCCAUUAAAAUUACAUGCGCAAUCAUGGUUACAUCACUCAUUAAUUCGUGGUGACAUUACUAGAAUUGUAGAUCCAGUACUUUUGAUGUUACUAGAUUCAUCUACUUGUCGUAUGAGUGUACUUCAUGUUAAUAUUCAACACACCAAUACUGUAUUAUCAAUAACUAAAAAUAGCAAAGAUAAAAACAUUAUUGAAGAAAGUACUAAAAAAAAUAAAAAAUUAUUAUUAUCAACGAAAACAACUAUGACAACAAUAAGUGAUGAUGACGAUGAUGCUAAUGGUGAUGAUGAUGAUGAUGAUAUAACUGCUGAUGCUGCUAAAAUAUAUGCCAUCAGUUCAGUAGAUGGUAAUGUGAUAUAUCAUGUAAGCAGUAGUAAUAAUACUAAUAAUCAGAAUAAUAAUAUAAAAAAUAAAAAAAUUAAUAAAAAAAAUCAACAGUUGCAAUCACAACAACAACAACAACAAAAACAACAACAACAGCAACAACAACAACAACAACAAAAUAAACAAUCAUUAAUAAAUCCAGUGAAUGUAAAACGUAUUUUUGCAGUUACAACAUUAGUAACGAAAAAUUCUGCUAGUAGUAGUGGUCAACGUAAACAGCAACAAUAUAUUACGGAAAAAAAUCAAUUUAUAAAAGAACUUAAAGUCCCUCCUAGUAUAUCAAAUAAUUACAAUAUAUCUGUAUUCGUCAAUCCAAUGACAAAUUUGAAAAAUUCAUCAAUAAAUAAUCUGAAAAAGGCUACUGCAAAUGAUUAUGAUGAUGAUGAUAAUGAUGAUAAUGAUGAUGAUGAUGAUGAUGAUGAUGAUGAUGAUGAUGAUGAUGAUGAUGAUGAUGAUGGUGAUGGUGAUGAUGAUGAUAAUAAUAAUGAUGAUGAUGAUAAUGAUAUGACAACAACAAUGAGAAUAAGGAAAUCAAGUUUAAAAAGUACAUUAUCUUAUAAAAAGUCAUAUCAAAGUAAUGGUGGUGAUGGUUGUAAUAAUAAUGAUGAUAUCGGUAGUACUAGCUUUGAUGAGCGUAUUUUAAAAUCAGCAGUAAUAAAUGAUAAUGAUACACAAGAUGAGUCACAAAAAUUAAAUAGAUGUUCAUCUUUAGAUUCAAUUGAAAAAAAUAAUUUAAUAAGUAUGCCGUCUACAUUAAAUAAGGAAUUGAAAAAAGGUUUAAAUUCUUGUAUUAUGCCUAUCACAAACAGUAAUAUUUCACGGGAAAUAGUUGCAGGUGGUACACUUUUGAAAGGAAAAUAUAUUAGUCAUAAUGAAUUUUCUGCUACCUAUAUUACAACAACAACAACAACAACAACAACAACAUCGUUAGCGACACAGAUAAAUACAAAAAUUCCAGGUUGGACUACAAGUAAUAAUAAUAAUAGUAAUGAUGAUGGUGAUAAUAAAAAUCAAGUUAACAAUGACAAUGAGUUGAAUCUUUGUACAACUGCUGAAGAAUAUUUUGAUAAAAAUAAUUCUAGUAUAAUUGUUAAGCAAGUUUUAGAUCAACUUGUAGAUAAUGUAUUAGAGAUUUGUGAUAGUAACGAUAGUAAAAAUAAAAAUCAAAUGAUUUAUGCGGAUAAUUAUAAAAAAAAUAAUUCAAUAACUGAUAUAACAUUAAAACCAAUGAAAGCUAAAUCUAUAAAAAAAUUGGGAUCAAUUAAAACAAAAAUAAAAAAGAAAACAACAACAACAGUAGCAGCUGCUGCUGCAGCAACAGCAGCGGCAGUAGCAGCGAUAAAACGUAAUAAUAAUAAUAAUAAUAAUAAUAAUAAUAAUAAUAACAAUAAUAAUAAUAAUAAUAAUAGUAAUAAGAAUAAUAACAAUAACUCUGGUGUACAUAAUUUACACUCUCAUAUGCUUCUUUAUUGUGGUGUUUAUGAUUCUAUGCAAACACUUUACGCAUUAAAGGCUUUAAAAGCACAAUUACUUACAAAUACUCGAAUGUUUUUAUUUGCCGCAGCAACAACUGGAAUUUCAAGCAGUAGUAAUCUUUUAAUAUUAUUAGCAAGGCAUCGUAAAAGUGUACUUGGUACAAGUUUUUAUGGAGAUAUUACAAAUACUAAAUUUAUAUCAACAUAUAGAAGUAGUAUGUAUUUGGAGGUAUUAAUAACAGUAUGUUUAUAUUUUAUGCGUAGUUAUUAUCCAAAUCUUGGACAAAUGAGAUUAACUGCUGAAGAAAUAGCGGGGAAUCGUCAAGUUCAAUUAACAAGUGCUGAACUUCUUACAAUUAUAUUGUCUGAAUUAGUAACAAUAGUACGAGAUUCAGAACGUGGUUUUAGUUGUUAUAUUAUUGAUUUAAUGGCUAAAUGUAAAUUACAAAAAAUUAUUCUUUUUUGUCUUGUAUCUAGUGUAUUAAACAUGAAAUACGUUGCAACAAUGAAAAAAAAAAAAGAUAAUUUAACAUUUACUGAAGAAAUUGUAUUAUUCAAUGAUCCACCUUGUUGUUGUUCUUCUUCUUCUUCUACUUUUUCUUCUUUUUCUUCGUUAUCUACAACAACAACAACACCACCAACAACAACAACAACAACAUCAUCAUCAUCGUCAUCGUAUAAUCAUCAUAAUCAACAACAAGAAAAGUUAAUAAUUAAUAAAUGUAAAUAUCGAACAAGUCAUCAUACAGAAGCUUAUCAAAUACAAUUAUUAAAGUUAAUAUUAGCAACAAUAAUAUUAGAACAUCAAUGUAAUAGUGGUGCCGGUAGUAAUAAUAAUAAUAAUAUUAAUAAUAGCAGUAGUAGUAAUACCAGUGGUAAUAAUAAUAACUCAACACAACAACAAAAAUCUGGUGGAAGUGGUGGUGAUGAUGAUUUAAUGUCAUCAACUUCAGCAUCAUCUACGGCAAUGAAUUUUAAUAAAAAUAAUUUUUUAUCAACUACAGCUGCUGAUAAUUUGGAAUAUAUUCCUGGUACACCAAUCGCUCAACAACCAAUAUUUCAAGCUAGUAUUAUAAGUGUAUUAAAACUAAAUCAUAUGCGACACCUUCAUCAACAUUGGACAACACUUAUUACUUCAAGUCUUCCAUAUAUGGGAUAUAGUGUAUUUUUAACUCAAUUAAUAACAUCUAUUAUUAAUCAAUUGUGUCACAAUAUAGAACAAUUAGCAUUUUAUUAUAAUAAAAAAAUUAAUUUAAAUACAAAUAACGAUAAAAAUUGUAAUAAUAGUGAUGACAAUUAUAAUAAUGAUAACGAUGAUAAUAACAAUGACGACAACGACGAUGAUAAUGAUGAAAAUAUUGAAUGUUGUUUACCGGUUGAUUAUACUGUAACUCAUUUAGAAGCAUUAACUUUUUUACUUCAUUAUUGUUUGCUUGAUAAUUCAACAGCUACACAACAACAAAUAAAUUUUAAUCAACCAUUUGGUGGUGGUUGUGGUAUCAAUAGUAAUGGAGGAUUAUUUUACAAUAGUAAUAAUAUUUCAAGUUUUAAUAAUAGUAAUCAAAUAUUUACAAAUCUUAUUAAUGUAUUUUCACCUACAUCAUUUUCAAAUGAAUCUUCUGAAACAAUAACUGCAACAACAUCAACGCCAAUUCCAACAACAGCUGCAGUAGUAUCAACAACAACACCAGUUAAUGUAAAAGAUAAAUCUGUUACAAACAGUAAUAAUAAUAAUAACAACAACAACAACACUAAUAAUAAUAAUAAUAAUAAUAAUAAUAAUAAUAAUAAUAAUAAUAAUAAUAAUAAUAAUAAUAUUAGUAAUAACAGUUUGGUAAUGAAUAGCAAUGAACAAAAUCUUAUAAAAAGAGCGGUGUUGAGUCAUUUACCAAGAAUAAUAGCUUCAUUAUCAACACUUUGGCAAGCUGUUCUUGUUGCAACAAUACCAUCACUACCAACAACAACAAUACCAAAUAUGAUGUCAUCAACAUCAACAGUAGGAAAAAAGAAUAAUAAUAUCAACAACAACAACAACAAUAACAUUAAUAAUAAUAAACAAACAUCAAGUUUGUUUGAUGAUAAAUACAAAAGCGUUAUUAUUGGUAAUCCACGUGUGGUUGUACAUCAACUUUUAGAACUUAUAUCACCAAUAGCUUUUCAUCAUGGAGUUAAUUUCCUUUCCGCAGUAGCUGUCGCAUGGCAUGAAAGGCGAUCUCAUAAUAAUAAUAAUAAUAAUAAUAAUAAUAAUAAUAAUAAUAAUAAUAAUAAUAAUAAUAAUAAUAAUAGUGGUAAUGACAAUAGUAAUAAUAGUGGAUUAUUAUUAUUAGGUAUAAAAAAUAUAUUACCAGAAGCUUGUAUUAAUCAACAGGUAAUUGUUGAUUUAGUUGGUGCAAUACGUGUUAUGCCAAUAGAUACAUUAAUAAAAACAGUUAAUCGUGUUAUUAAAAAUCCACCGUUAAUAAAUGGUGUACAAAAAAACUUUUCAUUACAAGUGUCUGUUCUUGAAUUAUUAUAUGUUUAUAUAAAACAAACAAAUAUUUCAUCACAAUCAUUAGUUGAAUGUUGGAGUGCUCUUUUAGGACUUUUGCGUGAUAGUCUUUCUACAUUAACAUUAACCGCAUCAACAACAACAACAACAGCAGCAGCUUCAGCAACAUCAUCGUUGUUAUCAUCAAAUGUAACUCAACAAUUACCAGCGCCAGCACAAUUUUUACUUUUGGCAAUUUUAAAUGAAUAUAUUCAACGAUGUAGUACAUCAUUAACAACUCCAAGUAUUAUGCAAGAAAAAAAAGAUAUUAGAGAUCUUCAAGAUAUAACAACUAAACUUGUUGAAUCUUGUUCAACGAUAGCUGGUGCAUGUUUAGAGCAAACAACUUGGUUAAGAAGAAAUUUAGCUGUACGAGAAGAUGUAUUAAUGGUAGCACCACCAUCACCACCAUCACCACCACCACCACCACCACCACUACCACCACCACCACCACCACCAACAACAACAACAACAGCAACAACACCAAUAACAGGCAAUCAACAACAACAACAACAACAAUUAAAUGAUGAAAAAAAUCAAGUAUCUGGUGAAUUGACAUCAUUAAUAUUAGGAUCAGGAUCAGGAUCACUACCGCCAAAUUCAGCUUACAGUGUUCGAGCUCAAAUAGUAUUAGCUGAAAUAUUAGCACCAUUAUUAGAUAUUGUAUAUGGUGCUGUUGAUAAUAAGGAACGUGUUAUAACAUUAUUAACAAAUUUAAUGUAUAAUAUAACACCAUAUUUACGCAAUCAUACUGUAAAAAAUAUUCCGUCAUUUAUUGCUUGUUCACAACUAACAAGUUCGUUAUCAGGUUAUCAAUAUACACGAAAAGCUUGGCGUAAAGAUGUUUUAGAACUAUUGUUAGAUUCAUCAUUUUUUCAAAUGCCUGUAGGAUGUUUAACCUAUUGGAAAAUAAUUGUUGAUAAUUUAAUGACACAUGAUACAACAACAUUUCGUGAUUUAAUGAAUCGAAUAUCAUCAAGUAUAUCACAAAGUAGUGGUAUAAGUAUAUUUUCAUCACGUGAACAAGAAUAUGAACAAAGAGCACAAUUAUUAAAACGAUUGGCAUUUGUAAUUCUUUGUAGUGAACAAGAUCAAUAUCAUAAAUAUAUGCCAGAUAUUCAAGAACGUCUUGCAGAUAGUCUUAGAUUACCUCAAGUAAUUCCAACAAUUCAAGCUCAAGUAUUUUUAUGUUUUCGUGUACUUUUAAUACGUAUGUCACCACAGCAUACAACAUCAUUAUGGCCAGUUAUUGUUAGUGAAUUGGUUCAAGUAUUUUUAUAUAUUGAACAGGAGCUUGGUAGUGGUACUGACAGCGAAGAAUUUAGUCGUUGCAACAGCUCUCAUAUUAAAUUAUUGUCAGCAUUGGAUUCUUCGUGGACAAUGAAUGCUAGUAAUGGAUUAUUAUUAGGUCAUGGACAUCCUCAUUGGUUACAAUUACAAUUGUCAGCAUCAAAAUUACUUGAUUUAGCAUUACUUUUACCAGCGCAUAAGCUGCCACAGUUUCAAAUGUAUCGAUGGGCGUUUGUUGGAGAUGUAAAUAAUGUUACAAGUGAAUAUAUUAGUAAUACAACAUUAAAUUAUGAUUUUGUUCCGCAUAUAAUAAGAAUUGCAAAACUAAUGGAUAAAAAGUUCUCUGAAGAUAAUAAUUUGUUGCCGCCCGAUAAUGUGAAUAAACGAAAAAAUACAACAACAACAACAACAACAACAACAACAACAUCAUCAAAUAUUGAGAAAAGUAUAGAACCAGGAAAAUUAUUAUUAACAACAAACAAGAUAAAUUCAUUAAGAGAUUUACAUAACUUUUUCACUGUAUUAAGUAAAAAAUCAGAUACAGAUCGGCGAUUAGACAUACCGGUAAAUAUAACGCAUAUAGAAUCUGUUAUUGAACAAGAUUUUCUUGAACCGAUGUUAUUAUCAUCGACAUUAAGUACAUCUUGAACAUCAUCAAUAGUUUCAUAAUUAACAAAUCAUAUAUAUAUAUAUAUAUAUAUAUAUAUAUAUA